CUUGCUUUCUGGUGGUGUUUGCAUGCUUUCUUAAAUUUCUCUGUUUCUUUUCACGUUUACAGACGCUUUGUGGUAUUAUUGGAUGUGACGAAGCGGAAUCGCAUGUGAAAAGACGACAAGCCUGACAUGGAGGCUCUCGAGUUGAGGCUGCGGGAGAGUGAGGUGGACUCCGAGCGGGUACUGGGGGAUCAAGUGGAGGCUAACCGGCUCCUGAGACAACAACUUGACGACCUUCAAACGAGACUGGAUGAGAAAGAGAAGCAACUUAUUGAAGCAAACGAGAUCAUCAGGGCCCUGAGGGAUGAGGUGCAGAUACUGCAUCAACAGCUCGUGCACCAGACCCCACAUCAACAGCUGGAACACCAGACCCCACAUCAACAACUGGAACAGCAGACUCCACAUCAACAGCUGGAACACCAGACCCCACAUCAACAACUGGAACAGCAGACUCCACAUCAACAGCUGGAGCAGCAGACCCCACAUCAACAGCUCGUGCACCAGACCCCACAUCAACAGCUGGAACAGCAGACCCCACAUCAACAGCUCGUGCACCAGACCCCACAUCAACAGCUGGAACAGCAGACCCCACAUCAACAGCUGGAACACCAGACUCCACAUCAACAGCUGGAGCACCAGACUCCACAUCAACAGCUGGAGCACCAGACCCCACACCAACAGCUGGAACACCAGACCCCACACCAACAGCUGGAACACCAGACCCCACACCAACAGCUGGAACAGCAGAGAAGGCUGAAGCUCACCCAUCCAAGCACAGCCGCUCUCUCGGCACCAAGGACGAGAGCGCCAAAUAGAUUUGUGACCUUCAGAGUUUGUCUCCUCCCUGAUCCUCAUAUGCAUAUGUCCCGUCAAAAGGGGAAGGUUUUCAGGAAAAUCAAGGUGCCGCUGGACUUGUCUGCCAAGGAGUUCCAGGAUGUCAUCAGAGGUGCUUUCCCCAAACUGGGCAACAACAAUUUCCAAUUUGUGAAGGUAGAUGUCCUCAGAAGAAUUAAAGCGCUUCAGGUUUCUCCAGUGACCCCAUCUGUGCUGAAAAGCAGCGGAGAGCUCAGGCGCUCAGCCCUGUACAUUCUCCCAAAGAAUGAACGGGAGGCCUGUACAACCCCUAGUGCCCUGGAGUGUGCUCCCGGGCUGACAGAUGUUGGAAAUGGUAACUCCCACGACACUGUGGAUACAGCAGAUGCUGAUGACCAGACAGAAGACACAGAGAAGUCACCACAAAGGAAACAAAAACAGGAUCAUACAUCACAGAGCCCUCAGCUGAGACUUCCAUUAGAAACCAACAAGGACCAGGACAUUACAUCACAGAGCCCUCAGCUGAGACUUCCAUUAGAAACCAACAAGGACCAGGACGUUACAUCACAGACCCCACAGACCCCUCAGCUGAGACCUCCAUUAGAAACCAACUGUGCCCUCAAGACUUCGGUUUAUGUGAGCCCAGUAAACCUCCUCCUCAUUUGUACCUCAGAGGACGAUCCAGAAGACCGUCCAGUCUCCCUUAGUGAUGUAGCAGAGAGACCAUCCCAACAGGUGCCCUUGCGCAUGGUGUCAGUGAAUCUUGAAGACUGCCGUGGAAUGCUGGGGCCCGACGGAGUUUUUAAGAUACAAACAGAAAACGAGGACCACAGUGAUGAAGGCAGCUUUGACUACGACCAACACGAUGAUAACGAUGAUGAUGAUGAUGAUGAUGACGAUGGAGACAGUCUUUAUGACCCCACUACUGAACCCCUGGACUCCUGUUCUGAUGAUGGAGACACCGCUUGUGCACCUGAGAAGCAAAGAAGAGAUGAACGGACAGAACAGACAGAGUCGGAGCAGAAGCUGCAUUCCUGCAGUGAGUGUGACAGGACCUUUCUCAAGCUGAACUCCCUGAGGGCUCAUCAGAGAAGACAUAAUGAAAAGACGUCCCCUCCUCAAAGUCCCUGUGAGUCUAAAGAACAAGGACAACGGAUAUGCCUUGAGCGCAAAGGCCAGAAAGGCGAGAGAAAAACUGUCAAGCUUCAUGAGUGCAGGGAUUGUGGAAAGGCAUUUUCGUUCCUAAGCCAGCUUUCUAUUCACCAGAAAGUGCAUAUCAGAAAAAAGCUGUCCACUACUACCGUGUUGGAAAGCACGGUGUCGUCCAACAGGCCAUCGCCUCGCAAGAAAAGUUUCAAGCAUGCCCAGAAAUCUUGUGAGUGUAAAGAGUGUGGCAAACUGCUUUCAAGCCCUUCAAAUCUCAUUGUUCAUCAAAGAAUCCACACAGGAGAAAUGCCUUAUACAUGCACUGUAUGUAACAAGGCUUUUACACAGUUAGGCAACUUCCGUGAACACCAAAGAAGGCAUACACAGGAUAGACCAUAUAAGUGCCCCCAUUGCCCAAAGAGUUUUAUAAUAUCAACUAGAUUAAAAAUACACAUACGGGUUCACAGUGGGGAAAGACCAUACUCCUGCACCGAGUGCACCAAGAGCUUCACCAGCUUGAUUACGCUUAAGUCGCAUCAGAAAUGUCACUCAGAUGAUAAGCCUUUUCUGUGUUUGCAGUGCGGUAGAAGAUUCAAAUGGAGAUGCAACCUCGCCAUUCACAAGUUAAAGCAUACAGGAGAAAAACCUCACCUCUGUCAGUAUUGUGGCAAGACUUUCUCAAGCUCCACUAAACUGGUCGUACAUCAGAGAUGUCACACAGGAGAGAAACCAUAUAAAUGCCCAGAGUGUAAGGACAGUUUUUCUCGCUUAUGCCAUCUCCAAAACCAUAAACUGCGACACACGGGGGAAAAACGUCACCUUUGCUCAAUUUGUGGGAAGGCUUUCGCUCGCCUAGAUGUUCUGAAGACGCACCAGAGAGUUCACACUGGAGAGAAACCUUACCAGUGCACCAUAUGUGAGGAGAAAUUCAGCUACAUACAAAGCCUGCAGUCACACCAGAAGAGAGGGCAUGCUGUCAGCAAAUCUCACAAUUGUUCACAAUGUGGCGACAGCUUUAGAAAGGCACAGGAACUCAAAUCACAUGAAUGCCUUCAGGGUGGAAACAGUUGAGCUGGCUCUUGAGCACGAGAAUUUCAUUACUUAAAAUUCCUUUCCUGGUGAAUUCCGUUGACAGUUAACAACUUCAACUUCCUUUAGUGAACUCUGAGAGGCUGUAGACCAGCAGUAUUUCAAAGGGACAUUUGGGUGGCUAGAAUAGAAUAAAAUAUAUACUUUUUUGAUCCUGUGGGAAAUUCGUUUCUCUGCAUUUAACCCAAUUUAACCGAAUUAGUGAACACACAGCGCACAGUGAACACACAGUGAGGUGAAUCACACAUUAACCCGGAGCAGUGAGCUGACCGGGGCACUUCAGCCGUGGACUGGUCGGCGAUCGAACCGGCAACCCUCCGGUUACAAGCCUGAAGCCCUAACCAGUAGGCCACGGCUGCCCCACGGCUGACGACACAAAAAGACAUACUCUGGACGUCGGUGUUACAAGGGGCUGUUGGUCAGUAGUGGUGCGAAUCAAAGGGGGGGUUGACCAAAUUGUUCCCUCCGCCAGGUGGUAAUGUUUGCGUUUUGGUUCGUCUUUCUGUUUUUUUUCUGUGUGUCUAUGUGCAGUAUUACCUCACAACUAUUGGCUUGAUUUCCACAAAAUGUCUUGGAGCCGAUCUAGCCACACCCCUAUAUGUUUACUUAGUGGCCAUUCUGCAGCCAUUGUUGGUUGGUUUGGUGGUUUUUUUAGAGUAAAGAUUUAUGGAUGAUGUUCAACAGAAGGUGGUUUAAGUAUAUAUAUUUUUCUAAAUUAAAUCAUUUGACUUGUUGAGUCAGUGUCAGAGAUCAGAUAACUGUUACGAACAUCCAUUUUGAUACCUCAGCCACAGCACGCCUGUUGCUGCAAGGUUCCAGGCCCAGGCUAGAAUAUGUGCU